ACGCUCAAACGCCAAGCGACACUUUUAGUCAAAUUAUAGAAUAAUUAAACAUUCGAUUGUUCGCUUGCGCAACAUUACGCAGAAACGCUACUUUGCGUUCGAAUUCAUUGGAUAUUCGCGCUGAUGAUUUAUUGAAUUCGGUAACACUAAGAUGAUUCGCUACACUGCGAUCGAAUUUAGUUUAUAUUCGCGCUGUAUUUUUACUUAAUUGUUUUGUACCUAACCUGGACUGCGCUCCGGUAGAAGUUCGUUCUGGAAGUGUUAUUAUGGUUCGGAUGUUAUUGAUAUUAUUAUUACACUAAAAUAAGCAGAUAGUUGUUAUGGAGAUCUCUUACGGAGAAAGGUUGGAAUGCAGGGACGCUGAUAUGUAAUGCAAUAAACUGCGAUCCAAACUGCAAGGGUGUCUACUACAAUGUCUCAGGCUGAAGUUGACAUGGCUGGUCUUGGCUUCCCGAAGUUAGCUGCGGGUUUUGACGCAGACGUCUUCUUCCCAGCGCGCCUGCCGCCGAGACGGAGGAGACACUCGGCAAACUCCAGGAGACAUGCCUACAGGUUGAAUAAACUCCACACCGUGGAUAUAGAGCCUCAGGAGAGCACCGCACCUCUCACGAAAACUCUCUCGUGGUCAGCUGACAACAUCUUAUCAGAAAGCAUCAACGAUGAGAAAAAGACGGACACUUUUCCACCAAUGUCACCUGUCUCCAGCUCCCCACCGGAGACCCAAGACUCGGACCCGCGACCAGCUGAGACCUGGAAUGCCGUGGAGCCCAGCGUACAGGAUAUCGAUGCCAGCUCUGAAUCCUCCGAUGAAAGCACGCAGAAGAAGCUUGUUUUGUCACGGGCUCUGUUUGAGAGUAAACGCGAGCAGGAUGAAAAGGAUGAGGUUGAGACGAAAGCUGUGGCGACCUCACCUGAUGGAAGGUUCCUAAAGUUUAAUAUAGAGAUCGGAAGGGGGUCAUUUAAGACCGUCUACAAGGGCUUGGAUACAGAGACCACAGUGGAGGUUGCUUGGUGUGAACUGCAGACCCGGAGGCUGACAAAAGUAGAACGGCAGCGUUUUAGUGAAGAGGUGGAAAUGCUAAAGUGUCUACAGCAUCCUAACAUUGUCCGUUUCUACGACUCCUGGAAGUCCACUAUGAAAGGUCACAAGUGCAUCAUCCUUGUGACAGAACUCAUGACGUCAGGAACACUGAAGACGUACCUGAAGAGGUUCAAAGAAAUGAAACUGAAGCUUCUCCAGCGAUGGAGUCAUCAGAUCCUGAAAGGCCUUCACUUCCUGCACACACGAACACCCCCCAUCAUCCACAGAGAUCUCAAGUGUGACAAUAUCUUCAUUACUGGCCCUACUGGAUCUGUGAAGAUCGGUGAUCUGGGUCUAGCCACACUCAAGAGUGCCUCAUUCGCCAAGAGUGUAAUAGGUACUCCAGAGUUUAUGGCUCCUGAGAUGUAUGAGGAGAAGUAUGAUGAAGCUGUGGAUGUUUAUGCCUUUGGUAUGUGCAUCCUGGAGAUGACCACGUCAGAGUACCCUUACUCGGAGUGCCAAAACGCUGCACAGAUCUACCGCAAAGUCACCAGUGGUAUGAAGCCAGACAGUUUUUACAAAGUAAAAGUCCCAGAACUGAAAGAGAUAAUUGAAGGAUGUAUCCGGAUGAAGAAAGACGAAAGGUACACUAUCCAGGACUUGUUAGAGCACACCUUCUUCCAAGAGAAUAAUGGCGUCCAUGUCGAGCUGGCCGAGGAAGAUGACAUGGUGAAGUCUGGCCUUAAACUGUGGCUUCGAAUGGACGACACAAAGAAGCUUCAUGGCAAAUACAAGGACAACAAUGCUAUUGAGUUCCUGUUCGAACUCUACAAGGACAUCCCAGAGGAGGUAGCUCAGGAGAUGGUCAUUCUUGGCUUUGUAUGUGAAGCCGACUACAAGCUUGUGGCCAAAGCCAUCCGUGACCGUGUCACCGCCAUCAUGCGCCAGCGAGAGAAGCUCCGUCGGCAGGCUGAAGAGGCCCAGAAGAGGCGUCAGGAGGAGGUGAUUGAGGAGGAACCAGAACCCACUCCUGAAGCUGAACCUUCAGUUUCAACCCCAUCAGCUCCCAAGCCUCCUGUAGAGAUGCCCACAUCCAAACCUACUCAAGCUCCGCCCACCAUCACAGCGUCUGGCCCUGUUUCACUGCCUGCAAACAAAUCUGUUGACUCUGGUUUCAAUGCCAGCUUUGCCACUGAACCUGAAGAGCCAGAUGCAGACCAGAGGCAGUAUUUCAACAUAAGUAAUGCCAGCUACUCAUCGGCAGCAUCUGAUUGUGAGACGGAUGGCUACCUCAGUUCCUCUGGGCUUCAGGAGUCUUCAGAGGGUCAUACUCCUGUGGCAAGCCAACCCUCCACAGCUCCACAACCAACUAGUGUAAUGCCAAAUGCAGAAGCAUUUGAAGCCCCACCCACUGAAGCACCUCCCAAAUUGGCUGCACCAAUCCCAGCUCUCCGUUUUCCAUCGAGCAUUGCUGUGUCCCAAAAUGCAGACAGGACCCAGUCAGGAAAUGCCAGUGGGUUUUCUUCUCCUGUUGAUAGCUAUGCCUCUGAUGUCACCUCCGGCUUGAGUGACGGACACGAGGGCCUAUCAGAGAGGGGUGGGAAAGGUCAGAGCAAACGCACAGGCACCAAACUGCUGAGGAAGAGGGCUCGCUCACGUCUACGCAUCACUGAGCUGUCUGAUAAAGUGGACCGGGUGGUAGAGUGUCAGCUACAGACACACAACAGUAAGAUGGUGACUUUUAAAUUCGACCUGGAUGGAGACAACCCAGAAGACAUUGCUGCAGUGAUGGUACAUAAUGAGUUUAUCCUACCUGGAGAGAGGGAGGGAUUCAUCCACCGCAUGAGGGACAUCAUUUGUCGGGCAGAGGCCCUGAUGAGGAGAGAGCAUUUGGGGCCAAUCAGUCCAGGACACACCCCUCAUCUGCCUUACCUGAGUAGAGCCGGAUCACUGUCCGCCUCACAGCCCAAUCUCCACACACAGGGCCUCGCUCGCACUCACUCUUACUCCUCGUUGCCAGAUUAUGCUGCCUCCAGUAUAGGUCAGGUGACCCGGGGUUCCUCUCCUACAAUCAGUGCAGACUUUUACGUCGACUAUGAUGCUGUUCCACAGGUCCGCCCCCUGCGCUCACAAUCCUUUAACACUACAGGUUCCUCACAGACUUACCAGUCAUCUGCCCCAAAAUAUCCACAAUACUCCCACCCUGAUUAUCUGCCACAUCUCCUACCAAACCAGAUGUCUGCCAUGCCCACUCAGUUCACCAAACCACCUUACCUUCAUGGCGGCCAAUACCCUUACCCCUACUCCAUGGAUCACACCCCCCUCAAGAACUCAAUCAACUCAAGUCCUCUCACACGCGUCCCUAGCAACCCAAACUUCUCCUCCUCUUCCUCCUCCUCCUCUGUUGUUUCUCCAGUUCAGCAGAGUGUCGAGAUGAGUUCUCAGACAGAAAGCAACACUUUUUCCCUUCCAGUUGCAGUUCCACCUGGCCAACAAGCUGCAGGUUUGUGGCCACCUCCCUCCCAGCAGCCCUUAAUUUCUCUGGCCAAUGUUAUUUCUCUGGCUAUGAACUUUGCACAGUCCUUUAUACCAGCUGGACCCAUGCCCAACCACAUACCUCAAGGUUUUCACCCCCAAAUGGCCCCUCAAACAGGUUAUGGGCCUAUGUAUGCGGCCCAGCAAGCAGGCAUGGGCAACCCUGAUGCUCCAUACUACCAGGGGGUGCUGGCAGGGCAAUAUAUGGACAUGUGUCAAAAUCCUGAUCCACAGUUUCCAGCACCAAUUCCCAAGCCCCAGGAGGUAAGCCAAACAACAGGUCCACCAGAGAAUGUACUCCAUCCAGAGGACCCAAAAACAAGCAUGCAUUCUCUCAUCUCAGAAAUGGCUGCUGGGACUAAACAGCUCCAUUCCACAAACCCAACCUCUUCUUCUGGGUCCCAAAGUAGCCCACAGGUGGACCGACGAUUUAGCCCCACAGGGCAGCUCAGAGAGAGGGCGGACAGCUCAGCAUCGAGCUCCUACAUGCCAUCCAGCACCAGCUCAACAGCAUCCUCCACAUCCCCUAGUCCACAAAACACUGUAUCCCUGCCCAACCCAAGCUCCUCCCCCAGUCUUACAAUGUCUCUUGCUGUGACUGAGACAGCCAGUAUUUCCAAAUCCAGACUCUCACCUAUAUCUGAAGAGAAAAAGUCUUUUGUCACUGUGGGACGAUUCCAAGUCAGUCCGAGCAAAGACAUACCAAACCCAAUUCCCAGCCCCACCCCCAGCUUCAUGCCCACUCCCACCCACACAGCUACGCCCACAUCCACGCCCACCCAGACCUGUCCCAUAACACUUCCUCCAGCUAUACCCCAUGCACACAGCAAUUCAGAGAGCAGCACUGAUGUGCAGGCAGAAUCUGAAAGCAGCUCCUGUUCUCUGAUUGAUCCACUUACCAAACCACCUAGCGAUACAUUGCACAACUCCGACAGCACCUCCUUGUGGACUGGAGAAACUAAAACGAUAGACAGUAAAGUUGUAGAGCCAGAGGAGGGCCGUGGAGGGGAAGAGGGGAAAGAGUCAGAUAGAAGGCAGAGAAGGAUAAGUGUGAGUUUGCUGGACGGUACAGCAGGAAGUCCUCAGUUUACUCUAAAUCAGCCGUGGAUGAGCUACACACGAAGUACAUCGUACGCCAGCAGUGAUGAGACAGAAAGCGAAGACGAAGACAUGUAUGAGGAUCUACUGGAGCUCCGAGAGAGACAUUUGUCAGAGGUUCAGGCUCUACAGGCCUCUCAGAAGCGAGAAAUUGAGGAGCUCUAUGAGCGGAUAGGUAAAGUUCCUCCACCCGGAAUAGUAUCCCCAGCGGCCAUGUUGUCCAGUCGGCAACGGCGUCUGUCUAAGAGUGGAGGGUACCCCACUUCUCGCCGGAACAGCCUCCAGAGACUGGAUAUGCUGCCUCCUACAGGUAUCAUUCGGAAGAACUCAGUGAGUGGCAGCAGCAGUGGCUCACAGGAGAGGACCAGCAAAGGAGUGACAUUUGUCUCCGAUUAUGCAAGAAUUUGAUUUUAUUUAGUUAAAGAACCCAUUCCUGCCUUCCUGACAGAAAUCAAGUUACAUAAUCGCUUCCUCAUGGAUGAAAUGGCUUGCAACUGCCAAUGAGUGUGAACGUGUGUUAGCAGGAUCAAAGAAGAGUGUAUUCUUCAAAGGCUGUCAUAGGAAUAUUUUUUAUUUGAAAAAGUGAUAUACCUCUGCUCAGUAUUCUUAGGUCGACUUACCAAGUGAGCUUUUUGACAAGACCGUGUGUAAUGUUUAGAACCAAUCCUAGCACAUAUUUUGAGGAGCUUGCCCUUUCAUUUGCAGUUAUAGUGCCCCGUGUGGUUGAAUACCUGAAAUGCAACUGAGUUUUCAUCUUUGUUGAACUGUUCAUGUAGUUUGCUUUAAUAAUAGAUGCAGUUACAUUUUUAUGAUAAUUUAGAAUCCAAGUUCAAUCAGUCAUAAACACAAAUUAAUUGGUAAUGUAAAUCAUUUAGCAUUUCUGGUGUAAAAUGGCAACACAGUACAUUGGUCUAUCAGUUUUGACUUUUCACCUUAAAUGUAGAUUUCCUUUUACGUCAAACAAUCUCAUGUAUAUAUUUUUUGACAAUAAAUAUUGUUGCUGAAAUAUUUUGCACACACAAUAAUUGCACAGAAUCAUUUGGUAAAAUGGCUCCCAUAACUCAGAGUAUUGCCACUGAUUUUAGUCCAUUUUUUCAUGAUUUCUGAUGCAUUCUAUUUUUAUUUUUUCUAAAAUGAUUUCCCCCAAUGUGUACAUACAUGUCAUAAAAACACCAAUGCUGGAAGCAACAGAGCUUUUAUUUAUAUGUAGAGCUGAAACAACAUGGGUACCAAGCGGUUUGCUUUUUCAUUAUGACAUCAUAAUGCUCAUGUUUAAAUGACCAUAAUAAUCAUAUUUAAAUAAGGUGCUUCGCAAUCAGAUUCCAUUUAGAGGUAACCAUCUAUUCACAGUAUCACAAACAAAUCAAGUUAUCAAAACAAAUCAUUCAGGGGACAAUCACUCAAAUAUAUCUGCCUUUGUUAAACACACAGCCAUGUAAAUUGUUGUUAGAAAUGAGUUUUAACUAGUAGGUACUGAUUAAGAAUUGAGUUUUGAUCUAACUUCGCUUUUUUCGAAAUGUCAAAAUCUACCACAGGCUAUUAUUUCUCUUAAUAUGAUUACCUUUCAGCUUAUGAUUGCCUAAUUUUUGCUUUAUUGAAAACUCUUCUGUUUUGAUGAUGCCCAUAUUGUUAUUUGUAUUGAGUGUACUGAAUAUAUUAACUCUUUAAUAUGGCUUUAAUAAAAGAAGGAAAAAACUGACACAAUGCACUUUUCAAUAGAGGCACUUUCCAAUAGAUGCCACAGAUGGUCUUUAUAUGAUAACAGUAACGAAUUGCAGCAUGCAAAAUCUCAGUUUAAAUGCAUCGGCCUAUGCAACAAUGUUACAUAUAAGAAUGUGUUAGGACAACCGAUGACGUAACUACAGACAUAACUGACAACUGAGAAACUGUGAAGUUUGAACAAUUGUUGCCUUAAUAUAUCUGCUUUUGAUAGGACAGCAGGUGUGUUGUUCUGCAUACCCAAGAGAAGAUUUAUACAUAUUAUAUAUUUAGACAAUGAGAAAAGUUGUAUCAUAUUAUGUGAGAAAACAAAAUGUUACUGCCAUGCAGAUUGUGCCUUUUCAUUUGUAUUUUUUACAUUUAACUCUGACGUGUGUUUUUUUUUUUUUUUUGUAAAUAUACAAAUAAAUAAUGAUUCACAAA